CUUUGGGCGUCGCCGGCUGGGUGCUGCUGGGCCUGGCGACGGUCGCCUUCGUGACGCUGGUCGGCCUCCUGGUGGACACCGUGCGCCACGUGGUGCGCCACUGCCACCCGCGCCACAAGGCCACCACCUGCGUCGUGCUCUCCGUCUACCCGGUCAUCGGGCUGUGCAGUUACCUGGGCUUGCUCUUCCAAAAGGCUAACAUGUUUCUCGACGCGACGGCUCAGCUGUGGUUCGCGCUGUGCAUGUGGCAGUUCCUCCAGCUGACGCUCUCCUAUUUCGGCGGCGAGUCUCGCUUCGUCAGGAAGAUGGAGGGGACGGUGCUGCCUUGGAAGGGGCCGCCCUGCUGCUGCUGGCCCUGUUGCAUCUGCUGCCCGAAGUCGACGGUCAUCAAGCCACAGAUCCGGAUGGUGAAGAUCCUGGUGAUGCAGCAUCCGUGGGUCCAGCUCAUCGUCUCCAUCUUCCAAGUCACGCUCUGGAUCGAAGGCUGGUACACCCACAUGGACAUGCGGCCCAACAACGCCUACAUCUACAUCUACCUGGUGACGACCACCUCCUUCUUCUUCGGUCUGUGGGCCUUCAUCGUGGGAUUCAAGGCGUCCCUCCGGCAGCUGCAGGAGUUCCACUACACGCCCAAGAUCGUCGCCUUCCAGCUGACGCUCGUCUUCCUGCGCCUCCAGGCCAUCAUCGUCAACUCCAUCUUGGUGCCGUCGGGGGCCAUCCCGUGCCUGCCGCCCAUCUCGCCCAAGGUCUUCGCCAACAGUCAGUAUCUGUGUUCACGCCAGACAAACGCUACCCAUUCCUGCGGUAGAUAUUUGGAUAGAUGUAUUCCUAUACAGAUAGCUAGAUAGAGAGGGAGAGACUGA